AUGUACGACACCAUUAUAAUCGGCGCUGGGCUCAGCGGUCUCCAAGCUGCACUCAAUAUCCACGAAGCCGGUCACUCAGUCCUCGUAUUGGAAGCGCGUGACAGGGUCGGUGGUAAAACAUGCACGGCAUCUCUUGAGACAGGCGGAUGUGUGGAUCUCGGUGCUGCCUGGAUCAAUGACACAAACCAGUACCGCAUGCAUGGCUAUGCACAGCGCUUUGGGCUCGAGCUCAUCAAGCAGAACACAGAGGGGAAUGGUUUGAUGCAAGAUCUAGAUGGAACAAUCAUUCCAUUUGCAUAUGGCACUACACCACCGUUUGCAAAUGUAUCGGAUGUUCAAGAUCUUGAAAGAAUCAGAGAUACAAUUCACGACCUUUCUGUUCAGGCUCGAGAAUCUCUACUUGCAGGCUCGGCAAAUGGGCAAGUUCUAGAGCUUGAUCAGAUCACCUUGAAUGAAUAUGUUCAACGUCAGCGGGGAAGCGAAAGAACCUUGAAGAUGGUCAAUCUCUGGACCCAAGUCAUGCUUGGCGUGGACUCGGACGAAAUCAGUGCCGGGUGCUUUGUGGAUUAUUGCGCAAAGGGAGGUGGCUUGAUGCAAAUGCGCUCUGAUAGCAAGCACGGAGGACAAUAUCUGCGUUUCCGCAAAGGCACCCAAUCAGUGGCCAAGAACCUGGCCAAACUACUCCCACCGGGAUCCAUCCAGCUUGGAUCGCCAGUGAAAGCUGUAUCUGACCACGGGACAAAAGUACAAGUGACCGUGUCAUCGCCUCUCUCAAUUGACAAAGUCUUCACGGCUCGAAAACUGAUUAUCUCAAUCCCCACUCCGCUUUAUAAAGAUAUCACUUUCUCUCCCGCACUUCCAGCUCGCAAGUGGACCGCUAGCACGAGUACCAACCUGGGCACCUAUACCAAAUCCAUUCUUGUCUACAAGGAGCCAUGGUGGGUCGAGAAGAAUCUCUGCGGACUUAUUCUUAGCUAUGACGGACCCAUCGUUGUGGCUCGGGAUACUAGCAGCGCUGUCGACGGUCAAUAUUCAUUGACCUGCUUUGUGAAUGGCUCUAUCGGUCGGAAGUGGAGCGAGAUGGCUCCGUUCAAAAGGCAGGCUGCGGUCUUGGAGCACCUCUAUCAAAUCACUGGAGACAAGAAAGCUUUAGAGCCGAUUGAUAUUUUGGAGCGACAGUGGAUGAAUGAAGAAUGGAGUCAGGGUGCCGUGUGUCCGAUUAGUGGGCCUGGAGUCAUGAGUUCUGUCGGAAACCUUUGGAAGGUUCCGAUUGGCAACAUCCAUUUUGUUGGAACUGAGUUUGCUAAGGAGUGGAAGGGAUAUAUGGAAGGAGCUGUUAGCUCGGGUGAGGAAGGUGCGAAGGAAGUGUUGAAGCUCUUACAGAGAGGUCCAAAUUUGUAA